AUGUCGGUGUCGGACGCACAUCGUGAUUAUCAACAUCUGCUCUUCCUGUUUGUUAUCGUAGCCGGUCUAGUGGAAUAUACUCGAGUCGUGGAUAGGUCGGGUGCUACAUGCAUUGCAUUGCCGUCAGGUGCGCUCUUUGUAUGCGCGGGGAGAACUGGGGAGACCAUUUCCAUCCUUCGUCUCUCUCCUCACACCCGCAUUGCCGUUCACUUGUUGCUACGUUGUGCUACGCCGCUGCGAGACUGGCGCGCCCGGCCGCCUCCCCCCUCCACCGGCAACUACUCCGGGUUUCAGUUCUUUGUGCGCCAUCAAGUAUCUUCCGAUUUACAUUACCGUACGAAAAGUGCCGCAAAGAGUGCGAGUGCAAGUGAUGUGGUCGAAGUCAGUGAGGAAAAGUGCGUAAUACCGGAAGUGAAGGAUAAGAGUGGUGAAGUGAAGAGUGAAGUGAGUGUGGGCGCGGAUGUUGCCAGCGCCGUGGCCUCCGAGGAGGACGAUUGUGUGAUAGUGAGCGCGCGAGAUGCGGACGAUCGCUCCGACUCGGGCGUGAGUGGUGUGCGAUCGGGUGGGUCCGCGAGUUCCGUGGAGGAGUGGCGCGGGAUGGCGCAUGGGUACGGCGGUGGGCCGCCCCCGCCCCUGCUGCAUCUGCCGCCCCCUCCGCCGCCCUCGCUAUAUGCGGGCGAGCUGCUCUGGAAGCAGCGCUACCAGCCGCCGCUGCACGCGCCGCUGCACCACGCCAUAGCGGAUGACUAUCUUGCGGCGGCAAACUUCGACAGAGAGAGACAUGAAAGACUGCUACGGGAACGAAGGGAUCAGGAGCAAAGGGAACUUGAAAAACAACAGAAAGAAAAAGAAAGGGAACGGAUAGAAAGGGAAAGAGAACGUGAAAGAGAAAGAGAAAAGCAAGAACGAGAAGAAAAGGAGAGAAGAGAACAAGAGAAUGCGGCGUCAAAAUUAGUGUCAAGACAUUUUGAGGAAUCUCUGAGGCUAGCCAACCAGAAGCGCGAGCGCAGCAUGUCGUGGUCGCUACUGAAUAACAUAGCGCCGAAUAGGGGAGGUCCCGACUUUCACAAACUGAAUAUACACAGCACAAUCCACAUGCUCCUCACGCACCCCAUUCCCAACAUACCCCUCGACAUCCACUUUCCAAACCAGACAAACCACCUCAGCACCCUGGUCUACCUAAAAGUGAACCAAACUUUGCCUCCUACAACUAUCCCCCCUUACCGAUACGAUAAGCUCAAGGACCAACAUUUACCCGCUCCACCGCCUCUGGUUCCUGAAAAGAAUUCUGUGAUAGUGAAGCACGAUGCCAAACAGAUACACUUGGAACAAAAGCAUCCAUACCCCAGCAAGCCAAGAAGUGAACCGGCUCCACACUACCUCUCGAGACCAUAUCGGACUGGAUUAUCACCACACGCACCUCCACAUCCUCAUCCGGCAUUACAAACGCAGCCUCACGCAGCUCUUCCUGCACAGGAUAAGAAUCGCAGAUUAUACCAACCACCCCCACCCCAAAGAUCUCCGGCAGGAUAUUAUCAAACGGCGCCUCCAGUUAAACCAAAAGUUUCAAGUCCUGCGCCGCCUCAUAUUUACGGAAAACCAAGCAAUUCACCCAGUCCUGCACAUUUUGGCAUCGCAGUAGAACCUCCAUUACAAUUAACGAAAGCAGAACUCCCUCCUGUACCAUAUCCUCCACCAUCUGCGUAUUCUCCUGCACCUAGAACGAGGCCACCUCCUGUCGCGCAUUCAAGAACACCUGAACCCAGGCCACCGCCGCGAGCUCAUGGUGAUACGGCAACCUCGACUUCUCCAUGUCAAACACAGCCUUUAGAUCUUGGUGUUACACGGGAAGACCCCGAUCGGUUGUCUCCGAGAAGGCGUUGUCCUUUCGAGUCGGGCGAUGCGGAAACAAAGAGGCGAAGACUAGAUAGUCCAGCUCCUGAGCCCCUCAUCGCAGCGGCCGCAAGUGUAGGACGGACACCAUUAGGUUCUGAACCGGCCCCUCAAGCGCCCGGUCCUCCUUGCGAUGUACGAGUUCCUUCUGCUGACGGCAGUGUGGAAACACCAGAAAAAGCUGCGGGUGCUUCACCGGCUCCACAAAUAACUCCGUCUGCAAGUCCCGCACCUGUAACAAUACCACAAAUACCCUCAUCACCUCCAAUGAGCACUACGUCGACGCCGCCUGCACCGCCUGCUACGCCGCCCGUCACCACUGUUGCUGACAGCGAAACGCCGGCAAAAAUUGCGUCUCCUAGUCCUCGGGAUAGUCCUGCCCCGGUUAGACAUUUAGGAAAGAAAGCUUGGUUACAAAGGCAUGAAACCGCACCCAUUGGAGAAGGAGACUGCUCUGGCGGCGGAGGAUCCUGCGUAACCCUACCCAUGACGAUUAGUAGGGUCUCUGAACCGGACGAUUCAAGUUCGAAUAUAGUUAUACCCGUUGCAGCUAAAUCUAUUCAAAGAGGGGCGCGUAAAACUUCAAAACCUAGGAAACCAAAAGAGGUAAACGGUCGCGUUGAAGAUGCAGAGGAAGAUAGUUCGAGUUCAGAUAGAGAACCUAGUUCUCCACCAAAACGUAAGCCACCGAAAGCAAAACGAAAAAAAGGAGCUGUGAAAAAAGCUAAUGAUGAGCCUAAGAAAAAAAAAGCUUCUGAAAGUGGUAGUGAAAGUGAUAAAGAGAGUGAUGAUAAAGACUCUGAUUCUGGUGGCAGCGGGAGCGGUAGCGGAAGUACAUCUAGUAAGCGGGGAGGCAGCAGAGCUAGAGGUAGACGAACGCGGGGUGGCGGUCGCGGGGGGCGGCGGAGAGAGGAUCCUCCUAGAAGGACACCAUCCAGUGCACGCCCGAAGACAACCACAGAGUCCUUUCUUCAGAACGGACCGUGUUUUGAGGUCGCCCCUAGACUAGCCAAGUGCCGCGAGUGCCGAUGGUCACCCGCUCAGCGCGACAAAGAUAUGCCGAACAUAUUUUGCCGCUUCUACGCUUUUCGAAGACUGAAAUAUGCAAAGAAUAGACAAUUAGCUAUAGCCGGAUUUUCCGACCCCUACAAAGAUGCUGAAGAGGAUGAUAAGAAGUUGUGGUUAUCUUCUUCAAUGGGAGCCGCUGAAUUAGACAUAGAAAUGAGUUGUUUCUUAUUACGAGAGAUCGGUGAUCAAUUCUGUGAAUUGUUACAACAAGAAAAGGAAGCAGAAUCGCAUCAUCUAAAUGAAGAUAAGACAAUUGCGUGGAAGCGCGUCGUUCAAGGUGUGAGAGAAAUCUGCGACGUCUGCGAGACCACACUUUUCAACUUCCAUUGGACCUGUGGGAAGUGCGGCUUCGUUGUCUGCCUUGAUUGCUAUAAGUCAAAAACAUCUGGAGAAUCAGGCGCGAGUCCAGCCAGUGAUUCAAAUAAUUCCACAAACGCCGCCACUAAUGGAGAACGAGAUUCAUUUGGUUGGUUAACAUGUACAUCUGGUGGAGCCCACCCUGCGCGCCGGCUUCUCUUAACGCAGAUAGCUGCUGGCGGUGCUUUGGCAGCUGCAGCCUCAAGGGCGCAUCGCGUAAGAGCGGCCUUCUCGCUGCCGCCUUGUACCUGCGGCUAUAAUACAGAGCCACCCGCCCAUCACAAGGCAGCUGCUAGGCUAUUGUUACAACGGGCUUUACAAAAGAACAUUAAAAAAGAAGAUGUGAAAGAAGAAACCAGUCCUGUAAACGGUUCGCCCGUGAAAUCUGAGAAUGGCAAAACCGGAAGUUCUGUAGUCAGCUGGCUUACCGACAUUCCUAUCAAGUCGGAUGUAAAAUCAGACAAGUCAGACUCAAGUUCUUCGGAUUCCGAAGAGAGUGGAAAUUAUUCUACGCUUCGGGAGCUAUUAAUACGACCAGCGCCGGAAGGAGGCGAAACACAACCUAAGAAGAAGCAAAAGAAGAACAAGGGUGAUUUACUCGAUGACGUCAUCUCGAGCGUUAUCGAUGAAAAGAAAGAUGACGAGAAUGACGUUAAGCCUUUUGCCCUGUCCAAUGUUGUUAAACGGUAUGAAAGAGGUCGUGGCAGGGAGGAGUUGCCUGUCCGCAUCAUGACGCUCACAGAGUCGAAGGUCCUGUACCCAGACGUACCGCACUCUUGGUUGUGUGAUGGAAAACUAUUGCACUUGACAGACCCAAUGCACGCUGGCAAUUACAAACCCUUUCAGGACCAGUGGAAGCGUGGCCAACCCGUCUUAGUAUCAGACGUCUCCAGUCUUCUCGAUAAAGAUCUCUGGUCACCUGAAAGUUUCUCCCGAGAUUUCGGUGACACACGAGUAGACCUAGUCAACUGUGCAUCUGGACUAGUGGUGCCAAAUCAGCCCGCUAGCAAGUUCUGGGAUGGGUUCCAAUUAGCUGCCAAGCGGCUUCGGGACGAACGUGGUGCUCCCAUGGUUCUUAAACUCAAAGACUGGCCUCCUGGUGAAGAUUUCGCCGAAUUACUUCCAACAAGAUUCGACGAUUUAAUGAGAGUAUUGCCUCUUAGUGAAUACACCUCACGAAACGGAAAACUUAACCUCGCUGCUAGGUUACCGGAAUGCUUCGUUCGACCAGAUUUGGGUCCAAAAAUGUAUACAGCUUAUGGAGGAGCUGGUGGAACAACCAACCUUCAUUUAGACGUCAGUGACGCGGUUAAUGUGAUGGUACAUGCUAGCGCCCCAGCUGAUGCGCAAGAGAGGGCCAGGGAGGCAGCGAGAGCUGCAGAGGAAGCGGGUGUAGACGUUCUCUCUCGUAAGAGAGCAAGAGUAAAACCACCGGCUGCCCUGUGGCAUAUAUACGCGGCUAAAGAUGCGGACAAAAUCCGCGAUUUCCUAGUCAGAGCUGAAUUAGAGCGUGGAGCGAGACCGCGCCCACAGCACGAUCCAGUCCACGAUCAGACUUGGUACUUAGACGCUACCUUGCGGGAACGUCUGUACAGAGAAUACGGUGUGGAGGGCUAUGCGAUACUCCAGUGCCCGGGAGACGCUGUGUUUGUGCCGGCCGGAGCGCCGCAUCAAGUACGGAAUCUGCUGGACUGUAUAAAAGUGGCAGAGGACUUCGUCUCCCCUGAGAACGUGUCGCGGUGCUUUGAGCUGGCGCAACAAUUCCGGCGGUUGUCUCGGCAACACGCCAACAAGGAGGACAAGCUGCAGAUCAAAAAUAUCGUGUACCACGCGGUAAAGGACUCCCUCUGCUGCCUCGAGGAGGCCCUCGCUGAGAAGUGA